CACACUUCACAUCUGUUGAAUGGAAAAGUCUCGAUCAGUGAUCUCAAAGUUGGGUAUUAUUGUUUUCUUUGUUUUGAAUGCGCCAGUACCAAACAGCUGAUACAGUAGCGUUGAGCGUUGAAGUACGCUACAGGCUGCAUCAGAUACAUGUGAAUGUUGUUCGUGUGUCCACGAAGUUUGUGUUUGGCUGCGUGGAAUACAUUGUGUGGAGUACAGAUUCCGUUAUAGAAAUGAGUUUAUGUUGUUCUAUAUCAGUACUGCUGAAAUUUGUCCUUCAUACUACAGUAGCAGGAUUAUUAAUUUUAAUUGUUGGACUUCCAUUGCUUAUUAUUGUCGCAAGAAACUAUUGCAGGAAACAAAGAGAAUCCUUACCUAAGGAUGGAGGAUUUUGUGUUGGGUUCUUUCAUCCAUACUGUAAUGCAGGUGGAGGAGGGGAGAGAGUCCUGUGGUGUGCAGUCAAGGCAAUGCAAGCUCGAUAUGCCCAUGUGAAGAUUGUGGUUUAUACGGGGGAUUCAGAUGCUACUCCCAAAGACAUCUUGAAACUUGCUGAACAGAGAUUCAAUAUCAAAUUAAUAGCUCCUGUUCAGUUUGUAUAUUUACGACGACGGAGAUGGGUUGAAGCUGACAUGUAUCCAUAUUUCACGCUGCUAGGGCAGAGUUUGGGCUCCAUUGUGCUUGGAGCAGAGGCACUUGCAGCUUUUGUCCCUGAUCUUUACAUCGAUACAAUGGGGUAUGCAUUCACAUUACCUAUUUUCAAGUUGAUUGGAGGCUGUAAUGUGGCAUGUUAUGUCCAUUACCCAACCAUUACUGGUGACAUGUUGCGACGGGUGUCAGGACGUGUGAUUGCUCAUAACAACCAUCCGUAUGUUGCUCGCAGUCCAUUUCUUACAGCAGGAAAACUCCUCUAUUACAGACUUUUUGCAUGGCUGUAUGGAUGGGUUGGUCGGUGCUCAGACAUUGUGAUGGUGAAUUCUAGUUGGACAGAGGAACAUAUCAGUGACCUGUGGCAGUGCUCCUUGAAAACCCAUCGUGUCUAUCCCCCAUGUGAUGUGGAGGAAUUAAAACAGAUACCACUAUUGUCAGAAGGCAGCAAUUCACAAAAUGGUGCAGAACAUGAAGAGAUGCUGAAAAGGCCAAAUGAUUUCAACAAGAAAACAAAUCUUAUCAAAAUUGUAUCAGUUGGCCAGUUCAGGCCUGAGAAGGAUCAUCCGCUGCAGCUGAGGGCAAUGCAUGAGUUACGACAGCUUGUUUCAGAAGAUGUGUGGGACAAUAUAAUGCUAGUAUUUGUGGGGUCUUGCCGGAACAAAGAAGAUCAGGAUAGGGUCCGAGACAUGCAAGACUUGUGUAAGCAUCUCUCAUUGGAGAAUAAUGUCCAGUUCAGAGUUAAUAUCAACUAUGAUGAACUCAAGAGAGAACUACAAGAAGGAAUGAUUGGCUUGCAUGCCAUGUGGAAUGAACACUUUGGCAUUGGCGUGGUGGAAUGCAUGGCUGCAGGACUCAUUAUGGUAGCACAUCGAUCUGGUGGCCCACUUAUGGAUAUUAUUGUGGAAUCAGAAGGAAGUCAGAAUGGUUUCCUAGCAACAGACGAGGCUGACUAUGCCAUGGCUAUUGCCACCAUAUUGAAAUUAUCUCCACAUGCAAGAAAAAUAAUUCGGGAUGCUGCCAGGGCAUCAGUGGAUCGUUUUUCUGUAGAAGAAUUUGAAAAGGGGUUCUUAAGAGUCAUACAUCCUUUUUCCCAUAGAAUGUGCACUGAAACAUAAUAGUAACAUAUUUAUGUAUUUAUUUAUAUAUACAAAGGAAUAAAAGACAAACAUAUAAAAUGGGAUGUAACAGUAAUUAGCAUUUCUCAGUGUUAAUUACCCUUAAGACACAAAACUAAUGGCUGCUGCUGUUGUAUGUUGAGGUGCUUAACAUUGAUAAAUGCUGUACUGAGUCUCAUUCGUUUUCUGCAUGGUAGUUAUUACUUGGUUUCAGAAAUGAAUUGCUAAUUCUCAUGGUGGUCCCAGAAUAUAUUCAUUUGCAAUUUUUUUUCUCAUAUAAACAAUGAAAUUUCAUUUGGAGUGGCUCCUUCCAGCUGAUGAAGGCCUACUGACAGUUACUGAGUCUAAGAAUGGUCUUUUAAUUGUAAAUUCGUAAAACACGAUAGCCCAAGUAAAAAUUUCCUCAAACAGUGACAACAGCAAUGUUAGCAUACAAUGCACCAUUCUAAGCUGAAGCUUGAAGCUAAACUUAGAUACGAAUAUUUUAUGAGUGUCACUGCACUCUGACUUUGGAACACAGUGGAAAUAACUGACUGUAAAAGCAAUCAGAUGGUGAGAAAUAGGUGCACUCACUUGGAAUUCCCUACAAAGGAAGGACUCUGGUUUUUAUAUAUUACGUUGCUAGAGGCUGGGUGAUGCAAUGUGAAUAUUUCUCUGAUCUUCAAAUAAAGGCAUGGAAUAAAAAUAAUGAAGAUGACUAAUAUUUUUAUAUUCUUUUAUGGUAAGCUGCACCAUAACAAGCCAUGCAUGUUUGUCCCCAUAUUUUUUAAAGAUGUGGAUACUAUGUAAUCGCACCAUUGCCAAAUAAUUCCUUUCUUCCUAUGUACUCUGUCAUUUAGCCUUGACAUUUCUUCAGUUUGAAUUACCUGUAUGCAGUUGUAUGCAUAGAAUAUUAUACCUUGUGUAGUUACUUUUUAUGUACAUAGUGACGAUUUCAUGGACUACAAAAAAGUUUUGUUUCUCCACCGUGACUGUCUUAUGUCACAUAGUACUGUUUGUUAUUGUAUAUGUGGAUAAUUGGAUUACAGGCAACAAGUGGAAACUUGUUUACUGAAUUUUAUUUUUACAUGAGAAUAAAAUUCCUACACUAUAGCAACAUGGUUUUUAUUUUGAACCUUAUGAAACAAAGCUGUAUUCUUUUUAAGGAAAUCAACUUUUGUCUAAUUUAAACUCUCCGACAGAAAUAAAUUUGUACACUGUA